AUGGCCCAUUCUCCGAGCACUUUCGCCGGCUGGGGUGCCACCACACCACCAGACGAGACCCGUGAUGAGAACCCUCCAUCGCCCACCACAAGAGCCCACGAGAUCACGACAGGCGGCAUGCCAUACGUGCCCUCUCUCCGCUACCACAUGCAACCACCACAUCUAGAGCGACCGCGCAUGACAGCGGACCACGUGCUCAUAGGUCCCCACGCCUCAUCACACUUCAGCUCGUACCGACAAUCGCGAGAAUCUUCCCAGAUUCGUGGCACGGUCAAGGAGAUCGCCGAUGUCGACGCAAGCACCGUCCACAGCAGCGACAGUUCCGAAGGUCUUAUGCUGCCACCACUGCGUAGGUGUCUUGGUCGAGAGCAGAAGAGGCAUGGGAUUGUCUUUCGACCGAAUGAACUGGUCACAGCAGACGAGGCCUUUAGUAUGGCGAAAGAGGCUGGAGUCGCCGAGAUAGAGGAGGCCGCAGAGAAGCGCACAUUCACGCAUCGUGCGAGUAGUGCUGCCGGUGUAGUUGUCACCGCCGGCCGUAACGUCAAGCGGAAAAUGUCGAGCUGGUUUCGUAAGGACUCUGCUCUAAGUGGUUCGGAUGAGGAGAAGUUGGUGGAGGACCAGCAAGACGGCAGUGUUUGUACCGCUGCAACCGAUGGCCUGCAGUCUGCCCAAGUCGAUGGUGGCUCAGAAGUCCAUCAAGGGCGCCCACAUAGCUAUCGACCAGGUCGCGAAGCAGAAGCCGAAGGUCGUCGUGAAAGAGCACACACCAGAGCCUCGACCACCUCAGCACACCCUCAAAGCUAUCGCAAGAACCGUUUCUCCCGCGGCGCAGCAGAAACACCUGAACACCUCCGCCCCAAACUCUCCGAUACCGAAGUCGUGACACAAGCCCAACUGCAAGAAAUGCUCGAACUACACGUUAGCGAGGCCUACCAACGCGGUCGUCUAGACGAACGAGCAAUCACUUCUCGUUUCGCUAAGGCUUGUGGCAAUACUACGAACGCUCGAGACCAGGCUGUCGUCUCGGACGAUCUACGAAGGACCGUUACCGAACAUAAGCUAGCCACAGAUCGAACAUGGCGAUACCAGGAGAAGCAUCUGAGAGUCGUCAAAUCUGCUAGUAGUUCCAGGAGGAGACAUUGGCCCUUUGGUGGUGAGGUGAAGAAGCAUAGGGAAUGUGUCAGUUCAGCGGGUACACUGUCGGAGAACUUUUGGAGCGGUGUCCAAAAGGCAGGAAAGAAUCCUAGCGCGCCUGCUGAAGAGGAUGAUCCGGAUUGGCCGGAGGCGGUGAGGUUGGCAUCGGAUGUCAGGAUGUGGGGCAUGGGCGGAGCGUAUUACUAG